AUGGCGGCUCUAUACCUCCUUCUCAGUGUAGUCGUUGGCUAUUACACGAUCAUCACCUUCAUCAAGAUGUUCAUCUGCAAUCCAAUCUCCGCUUAUUGGACACCGUCUCAAAGAAAUGAUGCGUUAUGCUUAAGCCAGCCCGGGGUGAUCAUUGCAGAUUCCGUCAUCAGCUUCUUGACGGAUAUUGCCAUAUUCGCGUUUCCCGUCACGUUCAUCUGGCCACUGCAAAUGCCUUUUUGGAAAAAGGUCAGGGUCACUACUCUUCUCGGACUCGGAGGCAUCGCUGUGGCUUUCAGCCUAUACCGACUUGUGGUCGGGGUCCAUAUUGACCGCGUGGGUUUUCAUUCUUCUCCGGUAUUCUCGAAUUUGGAAUUAACCCGUUUCUUCUACAGAAACGCCGAAGUGGGAUUCGGGCUGAUCUGCGCCUGUCUGCCGGCCUUCAACAUCCUCACCAAGCAUACUCAGCAAAACUCGGCUCCCUGGAAAGGCCUGGUUCGCCGACACAAAAAGCAGCAACAACCAACACAUACGAUCUUUGAUGGCACCCAGUCUAGUCAAUUCGUUACGAGUCAUUUGAGUAGCUCUGCACGCCGAGGAUCGACGGAUUCAAUUAUGGCUAGUCAGGGGCAGUCGGGCUUGUCGGCCGAGGAUAAUUCCGAAGCGAUAAUAAAGAUGGUUUCGUUGAAUCAGCAUUGGGAGCAGGCAUCGCAAAGGUUUGUGUGGGACUCCUUUGGUGUGUCGAUUUUUGCGCUAACAGGCUCCUAG